CGCCAGCGUGUCUCCUUCCGGGUUGGGGCGGGGUUAGUGUUCUGAAGGUCCGCGCUGGAAAUAUUUUGCUCAGUAAACAUUUAUGACGUUAAAUUAUUGAUUUUGAGUAUUUUGAGUGUAAGUGUGCGCGGGUGGGAAAGCAGAGGCGGUUGUGUUAGCUGCUGCUCGUUAGCAGGCCCGGAACGCGACCCCGGGUUUUCCUGAUGAGCUUCCCCAGACUCGGCGCCUCACAGCGCGGCCGCGCGCCUCUCUGUCCGCCGCUGAGCCGGAGCCGCUGCAGGAUUCAGUCGCGGUCAGUUGUUGACUGGCUGGAGGAUGAACCGGGGACGCGACACCAGGAAAAGGCUUCCUCCAGACAAGCCAGACCCGCUCGAGUCUUUUGAUGAAGCGAUUCUGGAGGAGGUGAAGCAGCUUUUCAGCAAGGUGAGAGGGUACAGCGCUCCGCCCGGAACCGAAUGGUGCUUACCAGACCCCAGCGUGGCCCUCUGCGAUCAGCCAUGGAGUCACCCACCUCUCCAGGAUCUGAAAAACUCCUUAAACGAGGUGAAGGAUCAGCUCGGUGACAAAGAUUUGGCAGUAUGGCACCAGCACACUUGCUCCACCAACCGAGCCGGAACUGUUACGUCCUACCUUCGCGAGACUGCCAAUGCAGAACUUUGCACUCAGGCCUGGGCAAAAUUCUACGAGAUCCAAGGAACAUUCAAUCUAAUAUCAGAAAUGGCACUGCAGAACGGUGAACUGAACUCCGUUCAUUUGUGCGAAGCUCCUGGAGCAUUUAUUUCUGCACUUAAUCACUUCCUCCAAACCAGGAAGCUGUACUGUGACUGGACCUGGGCUGCUAACACGCUGAAUCCGUAUCACGAGGCUAACGGACGGAGUUGCACGAUUGCAGACGACAGACUCAUUGCUCCUACUCUUCCUUGGUGGUUUUUCGGCUCGGACAACACGGGUGACAUCAUGCUUCCGAAGCAUUUGCUGGAGCUGCAGGUAUUCGUUAGUAACAUGCGUCGUGUGGAUUUGGUCACAGCGGACGGAAGCUUUGACUGUCAGGAUGACCCGGGAGAGCAGGAGCGCUUGGUGGCGCCGUUGCAGUACUGUGAAACUGUGUGCGCUUUAUUCUUACUUGCCCCUGGAGGCUCGUUUGUCCUGAAGAUGUUCACGCUUUUUGAGCAUUCCUCCAUUUGCCUGCUUUACCUCCUCGUGUGCUGCUUUCGCUCGGUUCAUGUUUUCAAACCUGCAACUAGUAAAGCUGGGAAUUCUGAGGUCUACGUUGUGUGUUUGGAUUUCAAAUCCAAGGACCGUGUCCGGCCGCUGCUCUCAAAGCUGAUCCGUAACUACGGUCCGGAUAUGGUUUCCACGGCAGCACUGUUUCCAAAAAGCUGCGUUCCCAACUCUUUCCUCAGGCAGCAUGAGGAAAUCUGUGCGUUUUUCCAUGUGCUACAGAUCAACACCAUCCAGGAGAACCUGCGGCUCUUUAGCAGUAUGACCGCUGAGCAACGCGAGCAUCUCAAUCGGCUCCGAGAAUGUGCUGUGCAAUUUUAUAUGCAACGUUUUCGGGUGCAGUUUUUACCACGCAAGCGCUGGGUGUGCCGAGGCGGAUCGAUGGCUUGGGGAAAACCGUGCCAGAGGAAGCAAAUGGGAUCUUUUAACCAGCGUAAGGAGCUGCAGUGUAAGGAAUGGCAGCAGCGUCUUGCACAUGGACCUUACCAAGCGUGGAUAGAGGAACAUUUUCAGGGUGAGGAAGGGCAUCAGUUUGUACUCGCUGGUCCUAUGCGUCCAGAGUGUGACUUGAAUGCAUGGUUUAGUCAUGUGGGAGCAACGCUGCCGAAAGUAUGCAACUCUGCUUUCUGUGAUCCUGAGUUAUUAGAUCUGCUUAAUGAAGCUUUAGAGGAGCGCACGCUGGUCUCGGAGGAAGAGCCGUUGGCCAAAAAAACUCUGUUGUGCAGAUCUUGCUCCAUCGGGACUUCCUCUCCUGAAUCCAUAUUAAAUGAAAUCUGCAACCAUCCAAAUGCUGCUUCUUGUGUCAUGAUGGUUGGGAACCCGUCGUGGCAGGACAUUCCACUUUCAGGAACCAAACUGCGGUUCUGUCCAGGUCCUUCCUAUCCAGAGACGUGUCUUUCCACUUUGCACGAUGGAGAGCCGCUUCAUCAGCACCAGCUACUGAGCAGUGCGUUUUCAGCUCUGUGUGGACUUUCUGAAGGAUCAGCCCUGGUGGUUCCGUUGUGCUCGGCUUUGACCCGUUUUACAGCAUCUCUGGUCCUUGCUCUCCAUCUCUGCUUCCGGUCAAUCAGUUUCCGUUGCCCUGCGUGCGGCCCACCUGUCGUACUGCUGUGUGUGGGAUUCUCCUCAGUACCUCAGAUCAUCACCAUCCUCCAGGAGGUUCUGGACCAAAUGAGAACACUGGGACCGGACAGACAGCUUCUGCAGUUUGCUCCAAUGGAAGAACUGCUCCAAGGUUCACUGCCUCACUUUCUGUCCAACCUCAAUAACACUGUUUUGAGGCAGCAGCUUCAUUUACGUCUACAACUGCAGCAGAAAAGAUAACACCCGGCGUCCCUGUCACACUCGAGCUCAAUCCCAAUCUUCAGGGCUUCAUAGCCUCAAAUUCCUGCGUGUCCUUUACUAAAAACACUGGCUUGGCUUCUGAAGGAAGGCCUUGACCGUUUCAGCUCGCCACAGUGGAGGAGUUGAUCCAAACCGUUUACUCUGAAAGGCAGAGAACAUUGUCCAUCAUUCUCAAUCCUCAGCUCCCCCCCCCCCCCCCCCCCCCCGGGCUAAGCGGGAACAUUUCUUGUCCUGUUUCACUGCAGCCAAGGUGUGUAACAGUAACCGGUCCAUUCAAUUCCCUCACUAUGACCAGUUUGUUCUGCGGGACCCAUAUUUUGCAUAUUUUUCUUUUCCAUAACGGUGCACACUCAAUUUGAGUUUAUGCUGUGUGUGUUUAUAUAUGAAGAAGGCUUUUUGUUGGAGAAAAUAGACGACAGAUCUGAGCGUCUUAUGCAGUGUGUGCACCAUGUUUUAGAAUUAUUUAUAUGCAAUCUGUUUAAGUACUUGAACUCUUGAGUUGCCUUAGCUACGAUAUUUUGGUCAACUGCCUUUUUGUUUAUUAAAGUCAGUUUAUUUUUGGACA